GUCGACGAAGGCGUUAUGAUGACGCGAUCAUAAUAAACAAAUAGGACAUUUAAACUCGACAGUCGGGGAAGGGAGUGGCCAAAGGACCAGUCCCUAUUACACUGCUGGUGUCCUCAACUGGACACAGCUGUGGUGGGGAACCACUCUGUAGUUGGUGUUGGCCUCCAUCAGCUCCGACACCAGGGCAUGGGCAGCAGCUCACCAACACUAAUACCACCCAGCACUGUGCCCCCGUGCCAGCCUUCUAGAAGCUUCUCAGCAUAGACACAGGUCUGAAACGUGACGAUGAAACAAGAAACAAUGAGGAGUUCACCAUUCCCCACGUCUUCGACCCCAGAUAAACUAUCUGAAGAAUUAUCCAUGCUGUUGUCCAUGAGAGCGGAAGACCAGCGCAACUUCACGGAGGCCUUACCACCAGAGAUGACCCUGAGGAUCUUCAGCGAACUGGACGUUCGGAGUCUGUGUCGGGCCUCGCUCACCUGCAAGCAGUGGAACCGUCUUAUCGAGGGCAGUGACAGCCUCUGGCGGAACCACUGCCUUACGGUUCUAGCCGUGUGCAACAAAGAGGUCACCGGGGACCGACAGGAAGGCCUGUCCUGGAAGGUCACCCUGGUGCGUAACUACCAGAAGAGCCGUGCCAAGAAGAACUGGAUGAAGGGCCGGUUCAGCCAUGUGAGGUCAGCUGACCAGAUCCCUCCCAACAGCAUGUACCCGUUCGACGUGGAGACCUGGGGGGAGAUCCUGGAGGCCGAGCUGGAGCGAUAGAUGACCUGCUGCUAGCGUUGGUGUUGGAGGAGGUGGUGGAGGUGGAGCUGGAGCGAUGGAUAACCUGCUGCUAGCGUUGGUGUUGGAGGAGGUGGUGGAGGUGGAGCUGGAGCGAUGGAUGACCUGCUGCUAGCAGUGGUGUUGGAGGAGGAGAUGGUGAUGACAGCCGUGGUGGUGGAUAUGGUCUUUGUGGUCAUGUUAUAGUGUGUGUGAUGGAUUAUAUUAGGGAGGUAUUUCACGUACACGGUGCAGUGCCAAGCCUGGGUACGUUAACCCAGAGAGGUAGUGGUAGCCAAGCCCUGUGGGGACUUCAUUCUUCACACAAAACAAUGCCAGAAAAGCUCUUCUUUUUGGAGGUUUACGGCUUGAGUUUUUGACUUCAUCGUGGGCACUUGAAUUACCACCCAGGACUGGCAAUACACACACACACGUGCGCAAUAAUAGUCAUAUGAAAUAGACUGAAAUGCGUUUUUGUAUUUUAGAUUGACUGUGAUCAAGCACCUCAAAUGAUUUGUAACCUUUUGUACACUUUUUCAAACACCAGUUGAUAUCUUGUAUAUGACUUUUGAAUAUGCUUUUCAUGAUUUCCAAUGAUAUACAUGCAGAAUGAUUUUUAAAUGAAUCAUGAAAAUGUCAAUUUAGGACAUUUUGAUAUAGCACUUAUAUCUUAUUUAUUUAUAUGUAAUAUUUUAUAAUAAUGUUUUGUUUUAAUCAUGGUGC